AACAGCAGCUGAAGAAUCAAAUGUCAGCAGUUAAUGGAUAAGGCACCAAUGAGGCUGUAAGCAGGAAAACCAGAGCUCCUGGUGUCCCACGUGUUGUUUAUCUGAUCGUUUUUAUUUGAAACGAAACGCUCUGCUGGGCCGAUGGAGGAAAAACAGCUGCAGGAUCAUCUUCCUCACUCAGUCUGAUGAACAUGAGGUGCGUUCAGGUUUCUGCAAUCCUCCUCUUCGCCCUCAGCGGUUUCCAGCAGCAGGCAGCCCCCCUGCCGGCCUCCACCAUCCUGGUCAGAGCCGGGGAGGACGCCAUGCUGCAGUGCCCCCUGCUGGACGGCUCCAAUGGAACCACCGCCUCCCUGGCGCCUGGCCCGGCCACCCUCAGCUGGUACAGGAAGGCAGCAGGGCACAGACCCACGCUGCUGCUCAGCCUCAGCCCUGCUAACGGCUCCAUCGUGAGGUACGGAGACGGCGUCAGUCCGGAUAAAGUCUCUGCUGCGGCUAACGGUUCAUUGCUGCUGCGAGGAUCUGAACUGAGUGACUCAGCUGUUUAUUACUGCAGCGUCAGUCACGGCUCCGAGCAGAACAAGGACCCAAAACCUUUGAACCUGAGACAGAACUAAUUCAAUGCGUUCAUUAGUGCUGAAUUAGCUGGUUUGAGUUCAAUUUCCAACAACAAGUGUUUUUAAGGGCGGGCACAGGACCCUGGACCACCUCAACCAGGUCCUUGAAUCCUUAAUUAAAGAAAAUAAAUAAAUAUAAAAUGAGUAGUUUUAAUAAUGGGUUUUAAAGUGCCUGAAAACAAAGCUUGUAUUUUGUUUUCACUUGGAAUAGAUUACUUUCUAUGUUUGGGCCAAAACAGGAAAAGACUUUCCUUCUCCAUCUUGUGAAAGAUUUGGUUGUGUUGACAGAACUGAAACAAGAAUUUGAUUUUUAAACUAGGAAAAUCCCCUGAAUGAUGAGAUAAAAAUCAGACAGUUCACAGGAAAUUUGACAGAUUUGCUAAGAAAGGACUGCAGUGCUCUCACUGUGUGUUAUUUAUGAACAUGAUGUGAUGUAUUUGGUUAAGUGAGCGGAUCCUGAAGGAACAACAUGGCUGCCUCUGCUGACACUCGAGUCUCCUCACUGUUUAUCACCCUGAUGCACCUGUUUGAUGUCACACAAUAAAUGUAUCAAACAAA